GGGUCCGGUUCAUUAUGUCUCCGAUCGCGCGAUGACCGACCGCGCACCAACGGCCGCGUAAUAAAAACACCAUUUCUCCCUCGCGAGAUCAACGUGACGUGUGCGAGCGCGCGUUUUUAAUCGUUCGAGUUUUUCGAAUAUCCGGAUGAUAUUCGAUUGGAGUUUUUUUUUUUUUUAAAUUAAACAUUGAAGGAUUUUAAAAGAUCCGAAUCGUUCGUUCGGCUCUCCAACCUACAGCUCGUUAAAGUCCAGCGUCCGUAACCAGAAAAAGUUCCAAGUGAUCGAUACACACCCAUCGGCGUUUCAAAAGGAUACGCCAUGGAUUUCCGAUUGACUCAGAAGUGUUUUGUGUGUCUAUUGUUGAUAGUCACAACAAAUGCCGUAAUCAACUCCGGUACAAAUGAAGAGAAGUCGCCGACAAGAAGAGAUGCAAGUCUCGGCGUACCAUCAGAUUCAUAUGGUGCACCACCUCCUUCAUUUGGCGCGCAUCAGAUUAAAUACGGACCACCACAGGCUUAUAUUUCAUCUGAUUUAAAAGCACCUAACAUUAAUUAUGGACUUCCGUCGAACUCCUACGGUCUGCCAAAACCUAGUUUUAAACCUUUAAAACCUGACUAUGGACCACCACCACAAGAUUCGUACGGGUUACCACCAAAACCAGUAUAUGGUGCUCCUCAAAUACCGAACUCUGUGUAUGGUCCACCAUCUGGACCUCCAAGUUCUUCUUACGGUGUUCCAUCAGUAUCUUAUGCAAAGGGGCCUCCAGGUGUACCAUCUCCACCAACCCCACCUCAUAUCUCUUACCACGGUUGGCAACCAAUUCCGGGUAUAUCAAUCCCAUAUAUUCAGAAAAAUAAUGGUUAUGAACAAUCGUCCUUAGGAACUGCGUAUGGUCCACCACUGCCUCAAGGAGGAGGUUGUUGUAAUAAUAAUAUUAAUUCCAUAGAUACUUCUUAUGGAGGUUCACCUCCACCAGUAUUACCGGCAUCUAAUUUAGACUAUGGUCCACCAAAAGAUGGAAAUUCUUAUCACGGAAGCUCUCACGCUCAGUCAUUGACGAGUUUAUAUAAACCACCACCAAUUAUUCCAGAUACCGGUUAUGGACCUCCAACUCCUUCUAAGCAGCCAUCUGACUCAUAUGGACCUCCACCCAGUGGUUCUUAUGGGCCACCUCCAAAAGAUUCUUAUGGACCACCACCUAAAGAUUCAUAUGGACCACCUCCAAAAGAUUCUUAUGGUCCACCACCUAAAGAUUCAUAUGGACCACCUCCAAAAGAUUCUUAUGGUGCACCACCUAAAGAUUCGUAUGGACCACCUCCAAAAGAUUCAUAUGGUGCACCGCCUAGUGGUUCAUAUGGCCCGCCACCUAAAGAAUCACAUGGACCACCUCCAAGUGGAUCAUAUGGACCCCCUCCAAAAGAUUCAUACGGACCACCACCAAGUGGAUCAUAUGGACCACCUCCAAAAGAUUCGUACGGACCACCUCCAAAAGAUUCAUAUGGACCCCCUCCAAAAGAUUCAUAUGGACCCCCUCCAAAAGAUUCAUAUGGGCCACCACCAAGUGGAUCAUAUGGACCACCUCCAAAAGAUUCGUAUGGACCUCCACCUAGUGGUUCGUAUGGACCUCCACCCAGUGGUUCUUAUGGGCCGCCUCCAAAAGAUUCGUAUGGACCUCCACCAAGUGGAUCAUAUGGACCACCUCCAAGUGGAUCUUAUGGACCUCCUUCUAAACCUUCAUACAACCCACCUCCAAAAGAAUCACACGGACCACCACCAAGUGGAUCAUACGGGCCGCCUCCAACUGGAUCGUAUGGACCACCUCCCAAAGGUUCUUAUGGAUCUAAACCAAGUGGAUCUUAUGGACCACCACCAAGUGGAUCAUAUGGACCCCCUCCAAAAGAUUCAUACGGACCACCACCAAGUGGAUCAUAUGGACCGCCUCCAAAAGAUUCGUACGGACCUCCACCAAGUGGAUCAUAUGGAGCACCUCCAAGUGAUCUUAUGGACCUCCUUCUAAACCUUCAUAACUCUCCUCCUAAAGAAUCACAUGGACCACCUCCAAGUGGAUCAUACGGACCUCCUCCAAGUGGAUCAUACGGACCACCUUCCAAAGGUUCAUAUGGAUCUAAGCCAAGUGGAUCUUAUGGACUACCACCAAGUGGAUCAUAUGGACCCCCUCCAAAAGAUUCGUAUGGCCCACCUAAAGAAUCAUAUGGUCUACCAUCAUCUGGAUCAUUUGGUCCACCGAAGGAAUCUUAUGGGUUACCAUCAAUUGGAUCAUUUGGGCCACCCAAGGAGUCUUAUGGCUCACCUUCUAAGCCUGCAUAUAAUCCUCCAUCACCAAGUGAAUCAUAUGGUGCCCCAUCUAAGGACACAUAUGGAAUUCCUUCUCUAGGUUUCAUUGAUAAUUCAUUGCAAAUACAAUAUGCCUCACCGUCAGCGUCUUCAUACAAUGGUCUUCCACCAGAAGGAACUUUCGGAACACCUUUAGCUAUUUGCUGUGGUACACCCCCACCAGAUUUAGCGUCACAAAAGCCUGCAGACUCUCAGUAUGGAUUAACCUACGGACAAGCAUCUGGAAGACAAAUACCUGGGCCAAAUCUUCAGCCAAAAAGUCCAGUAAAAAAUAGGGCGCCAGUUCCACCGGGUCUUGUAGAAUCAACACAGUAUAAUAGUUUCCAAGGCGAACCAUAUAUACCUCCUCCAGUUUCAGAAGUAUCAGCAACUGGAAAUGAUGCAUAUGCUGCUCCAUCAAGUUCUACAGGUUACAGUAGUUCUAACAGUAACCCAGGUAUAGAGCAUAGUCCAAUAGUUGCACAAGAUCAACAACAGUAUACCAUUCCUGUUACUCAAGAUACACCAAAUAAUGGUCUAUACAAUCAAGGAUUAUCUACAUCGUACGCUUUACCAGCUCCUGAAUCUUAUCAGCAUAUAACACAAACAGUUUCAGUGAAUAAUGCAAAUCAAGAACCUAACAGUUAUGUUCAGCCAAAUCAACUUUUAUUAUCAAAUGUUGACAACUAUGGAACUCCACAACAAGCAUUUGACUUAAAUCAACAGAUUGAAGAAAAUAAAAAUAACCCACAACAGAGAGACGCAGAGAAUAACUCACAACAGUCAGGAAAUAAUAAUUACCAACAGCAACCAGAUGGAGUGGAUGUUAACGAUAUAGUCAAGUCGUUAGGUUUAGAAGGAUCCUCCGUUGUCGGUUCUAAAUCUGUUGACAUAAAUGGUAUACAAGAGUAUCCUGUACAAGGAUCUAAUGGCAACUACAUGCUGCAAAUCCAACCAGGUCAAGGAGGUGGCGAAAACGUCGCUCAUGAUCAGGUACUUUCUAAUGGAUUACUUCAAGACAUUUUGUCAGCCAUCGAAAACCAACAGAAAUCAGAUAACUCAUACGAUAACCAACCACAAGGGUCAGAAGUACGACAAAUCACAACGGCAGCAGUCAACACUAGUACUGAGUGGCCAGAAAAUUCUGCAAAUAAAAAACAAGAAAUCGCUCUAUUUUAUAGCACGAGAGACGGAAAAGGACAGUCUACUCAAGGCACGGAAACACUUCCCAAUGAAAUAAAUCAUUUGAGUGUGAACGAGGUGUCCAAUGGAAACUUCGUUUCAUACAAGUCGCCUAAAGUGAAUUAUGUAUACAGUGAAUCAUCACCUCAAGCUGUAUCGCAGGCAUAUUCACAACAAUCGACUCCCAAGACUGAUGAAAGCUCAACCGAUUCGUUGUCGAGUACAGGAAAAUAAUUAUUGUAGUAUAAUAGAUUUAUGUAUGUAUUUAGUAUAUACAUAUACAAUACAUUAUUAAAUAUAAUUUAUAUAUAUUUAUAUAGUUAAAAAGUAAUCCUACUAUUAUAUUUGACAGUUCCAAUUCGCCAACCUUUGGUUGCAUUCAAAUUGACUACUGUAAUAACUAAUAAUACGUAAGAAAGUGCUCGCCUUCAUACAAAUCGUCAUUAAAUCAGAAUACCGUAUCGCAUAAAAGUAUUGUACUUGCAUCAGUAUGUGCAUUCACAUACGAAAACGUUCCAUAAUGAUUGUCUAAAUACUUUAAUAUUAUCUUGACAGGGUAAUCGCACUAUUAUUAAUUUAUAUUGACGACGUAGUUACCAAGCACAGAUUUAUUCACGACUAGCUUAUCACGAACUCGAAAUAAAAACAUCGUGCCUUAUUUUGUUUUAAAUCGUGAACGACGAAUAUUUUAAUCUAAAAAGUGAGAGUAUACUUGUUAGUGUAUGGUACGACAGUUAUAAAUGCGAAUUGUAACACAAUAAAAAUAGUACAGAAAGCCAUUUUGGAUAUGAAAAUUAUUCACGAAAUUACUUCGUGUUUUGAUUUUUUGAAUGCAACUGGAUGUGUAUUUUUGAUAAUAAAUUAAAUGAAUUCUUUUUGAUUAUCAAAAAAAAAAAAAAAAAAUUGGAGUAUUAAAUUAUUAAUAUAUAUAUAUAUAAAGUAUAUACUUAAUUUUAUUGAGAAAAUAAUAUAUAUAUAUUUAUAUAUUAUAUAAUAACGUUUAGCACGAUAGCCACUACGAAGUGCCAUAGACCAUUUAUUAUUGUUAUCAUUAUUAUUAUAAUAAUAUCCUUAAUGUAAAAAUAUACUACAUUUUAUUUUUAAAUCAACAGAAAUAUUCUCGUCCUUGUACAUCACUUGAAAUAUUCAAAGUAAUUUACUUUUUUAUUAUAUACUUUUUAAAUUUAAAAUCAUUAAUUUAAUUUUCUACUUUAAGUAUUCUAUAUUAAGUUAAUGCUUUGUAUUUGCAUUAACGUUUUUAUUCAUUAUUAGUUUAUAAUGUAUUAAUGUCUAUUGAAAUACUGUAUAUAAAAAUUAUGUAUGAAAAUGUAAACUAUUUAAUAACAAUAUAUAUUUUGUGUUAUUUAUACCAAUUUA